GCCGAAGUCCACCUAAUUUCCGACGCGUAUACCGGACACCUUUCCUCUCACUAUUUAAAAGGAAGAACAAUAUCCUCAGCAUUUAACGGAAACUUCUACACCGGGUGGUCAACAUUUGCGGAAUUUGUCAGAGGUUUAGGUUGUUGCUUAAUUCCUUUGGUUUUUCUUUGAUUUGGAGAAAAAGAAAAAUGGAAAGUAAAGCGGCUGUGAGGUUCACGUUAGGGAAGCAAUCGUCGCUGGCGCCGGACAGGAUCCUGGAGGAGCUGGACGGAAUGAAGGAGGAGGAGGGAGAGAGUGAGGAAAUAGGCAGAGGAGUGAGGUUGAUGUACUUGGCCAAUGAAGGCGACCUCGAUGGUAUACGUGAGCUCUUGGAUUCCGGAAUCGAUGUCAAUUGUCGCGACAUCGAUGAUCGGACUGCCCUCCACGUCGCCGCCUGUCAGGGCCUCACUGACGUCGUUUCCCUCCUCCUGGAGCGAGGCGCAUUUGUGGACUCCAAAGAUCGCUGGGGAAGCACUCCUCUUGCAGAUGCUAUAUACUACAAAAACCAGGAUGUUAUCAAGCUUUUGGAGAAACAUGGCGCCAAGCCUCCGAUGGCUCCAAUGCACGUAAAUCACGCUCGAGAAGUCCCAGAAUACGAGAUCAAUCCAAAAGAACUUGAUUUUACGAAUAGUGUUGAAAUAGCUAAGGGAACAUUCCGUAUAGCAUCGUGGCGUGGAAUUGAAGUUGCUGUGAAAACCCUUGGAGACGAAGUGAUUAGCGAUGAAGAUAAAGUGAGGGCAUUCCGGGAUGAACUUGCUUUGCUUCAGAAGAUACGACAUCCAAAUGUAGUUCAAUUCCUUGGUGCAGUAACUCAAAGUAGUCCUAUGAUGAUUGUGACUGAAUUUUUACCCAAGGGCGAUCUACUUGCAUACUUGAAAAGAAAAGGAGCAUUGAAACCAAUAACAGCUGUGAGGUUUGCGCUUGAUAUUGCAAGAGGAAUGAAUUAUUUGCAUGAGAAUAAACCAGCGCCAAUAAUUCAUCGUGAUCUUGAGCCUUCAAACAUUUUGCGGGGUGAUUCAGGAUGUCUUAAAGUUGCAGAUUUUGGGGUUAGCAAGCUUCUCACUGUUAAAGAAAACAGGCCUCUAACUUGUCAGGUUACAUCUUACCAAUAUGUGGCACCAGAGGUCUUCAAAAAUGAAGACUAUGAUACAAAAGUGGACGUGUUUUCAUUUGCUCUAAUUCUUCAAGAGAUGAUUGAAGGCUGCCUACCAUUUUCUACAAAGCAAGAGAAAGAAGUUGCUAAAGCAUACGCUGCUAAGGAGCGUCCACCUUUUAGAGCUCCAACUAAACAUUAUUCACAUGGACUUAAAGAGUUGAUUGAGGAUUGUUGGAAGGAUGCACCUGCUGAGCGUCCAACAUUCAGACAGAUAAUAACAAGACUGGAAUCCAUUCACAACAGAUAUGGUCAUAAACGGCGUUGGAAGGUAUAUUCAUGCUUCUUUGUCUAGCAUCAUAUCAUCACCAAAAGUUCCACAAUUUUUUGUACAGGAUGCUUUUAGUUUGCAAUUGUUUUAAGAAUUCAAUUUCUUCUUGAUAAAGCUAUGCAAAUUAUUACUACUACCAUAUGACUGCAUCCUGAGAGUUGCCCAAGUUGCGCAUAUCAUGCUAUUUAAAUAUGCAUGUCCUUUAGUUAUGUGAACUACCUACUAGCAUCAGUCACCGUCAUGUUAGUUUAAAUUGAUGAGCAAUCAAGAAACUAUUCUAGGCCCCUUUUGCAAGCCACUAUCUUUUUCCUUUAUGCCAGUUGCUGUCAUCGUUGAACCAGCUGUGUCUUGCUUGCGACAUUUACAGGUUAGACCCUUGAAAUGCUUCCUGAGAGUGGAGGCAAGCAGCCGUGGUAGUUCAACUCGUUCUACCAACAGAAGUAUAUAAUCACCUGAUGAUUGGUCCUUCUAGCUUCAAAGUGUGCAGAAGUUUUUAUGCUUUUCAAGUUUGAUGCCUGAAAAAUCGGUUUGUAAUCAGGAGUAUACCAUUUUUCAUCUGUGUUAACUUGGUUUUAGUAGUUGAAUCUAACAUUUUCCAGAUUAACUCUCCCAUUCAAUUUUUGGGAUGAGAAUCACAUUUCAUGCGUCUUUAAUUGCUUUGUAAUUUAACUUAUAAUUCAUAAUUGGUUAAACCUCCAUUUUGAUCCCUCAACUAUUGUACAGACCCUUGAUUUAGUCCCUUAACUCAAAAAAUCCCUGAUUGGGUA